AUGAAGGACUGCCCGAAGCUAGGUUCCCUAUCCGCAAUUGUGGAACAACACGAGUCCAAAAAGAAGGAAGAAGAACCAACGGUGAUGGGGUCACUGCAGGUCCUAAAUGCCCUCAAAGCCAGACCCGAAUGCACCACUACUAGCAAGGGUCUUAUGUACAUGGAGGCACAAGUUAACGGGAAGACGAUGAAGGCCCUGGUGGACACAGGAGCCAGUCAUAAUUUAAUCACCAAGGAGGAGGCCACAAGGUUGGGUCUAUCUUGGACCGAAAAACCUGGAUGGUUAAAGACGGUUAAUGCUAAUGCUCGUCGACUAGAGGGAGCCGCGAGCAAUGUGGAGUUACGCUUGGGGACAUGGCAGGGAUGCGUGAAUUUUUCAAUCGCACCUAUGAACGACUUCAAAGUGGUACUCGGCAUGAACUUCUUGCGACAGGUAACAGCGAUCCCUAUGCCUUUCUUUAGUACCGUUUGCAUCUUAGAAAAGGGUUCCUCGUACAUGGUGCCAAUAAUAGAAGGAGACAGCGGGAGUCCCAGCCAACAACUCUCCGCAAUGCAACUUGCCAAGGGGGCAAAACGAGCUGAACCCACAUACGUAGCUGUGCUAAAAGAAGACAACUCUGAGGUGAAUUUCCCAAAGGUACCCGACAUCAUUCGAGGAGUCCUUGAGGAGAACAAAGAUGUUAUGCUAGCAGAGCUGCCGAGCAAGCUACCACCCAGGCAAGGAGUGGAUCACAAGAUUGAACUAGAACCAGGCACCAAGCCGUCUGCCAUGGCCCCAUACCGGCUGGUAAACUAUUAUAGCCGAUUCAUACAGGGCUAUUCGGCAAGGGCAGCACCUCUCAAUGACCUGCUUAAGAAGGGUAAGUCGUGGGUAUGGUCCGAUGAGUGCCAACGAGCCUUUGAUGACCUCAAGGUCGCGGUAGAGGACGGUCUUCUCUACACAAAAGGGAGACGUUUGUACGUGCCAAAGUGGGACGGCAUAAGGCGAGACCUCAUGAAGGAAUGCCAUGACACUAAGUGGGAAGGACACCCAGGCCAACGGAGGACAGUCGCGUUGCUCGAGAACAACUAUUUUUUGCCCCAGCUCAAGGACGAUGUGGAGACAUAUGUCAGAACUUGUCUGUCCAAGGGAUAUGGAUCAAUCAUUGUCGUCGUAGACCGAUUCUCGAAGUAUGGGACAUUCAUUUCGUGCUCCAAAGAUUGUACUGCCGAAGAAGCUGCCCGUGGAUUUUUCAAGAAUGUAGUUAAGCAUUGCGGGCUACAAAGGAGCAUCAUCAGUGACCGGGACCCGAGGUUCACAGGGCGACUUUGGACUGAACUUUUCAAACUCCUGGGGACCGAGCUCAAUUUCUCAACAAGCUUUCACUCCCAAAUAGACAGGCAUACUGAGAGGGUCAAUGCACUUCUCAAAUGCUAUUUGAGGCACUUCGAGUGCCGGGGCCAAAAAGAUGGUCAAGACUUGGGAAGAACAAGCCGACUUAGCGCGAUCAUACUUGGAAAGGGCCUGCAGAAGAAUGAAGAAGUGGGCCGACAAAAAGAGAAGACCAAGAGAGUUCUCCCAAGGAGACUUAGUCCUUGUGAAGUUGUUGCCCGAAUAGUUCAAAACCUUUCGAAGCUUGCACAAGGGACUGAUACGAAAAUACGAGAGACCUACCCAGUGAUCAAGAAAAUUGGUAACAUAGCAUAUCGGGUCGACUUAUCUCCAUCCCUUAAAAUCCAUCCCGUCUUCCACAUAAGUAUGUUAAAGCCUUAUAAAGAGGACGUGGAAGACCCAAGCCGAGGGUUAUCAUCAAGGGCACCGCCGAUCACCACCAAGUCGUUCGACAAGGAAGUGAAAGCAGUGCUCACAUCCGACAUAGUCAGGCGAUGA